AUGGAGCUGUUUAAGGCCGACAGUGUGGAUGUUAAGAUAAACUUAGAAAUAAGUGUUACGUGUUUACUGAAUGAUUGUUUAUACAUUUGUGGGAAAGAUGGAGUUAUACAUAAAUACGAUAUUAAACGAAACAGAGAAGAUGCAAAUAUAGAUUUGAAGCAUAUGGGUAGUUAUGUUAUUAAAAAGAAUAAAGAGAUAAGUAAGGUAGUGAUAGUAGAAGUUGAGUUGAUAAUAAUUAUCUUAAUCGAUGAUAUACUAUAUUUUGUAAAAAAUGACAAAUUUGAAAAUUUAAUGGUAAUAAGUAAAAAUGUAGAAAAUUUUACUAUUAAUGAAAAUAAUAAAUUAGAACUCUUAAUAUAUACGAAAAAAAAAAAAUUAUGUUUUUAUAAAUAUGAUCAUUCAAAUUAUAAAAUAUUUAAAGAAAUACAACAUACAGAUAUUGUAUCAUCUCUCUUGUGGGUAAACAAAUCUUUAUUUUUAACAGUAGGCAAAAAUUACUACUUACAAAGUUUAAGGAAUAAUGAUAAAAUAUUAUUAUAUAGUCAUGAAUAUGAGCAAACCUAUAAAUAUAUAACACUAAUUAAUAUGAACGAAAUAUUUAUUGUAUGUGAUUUGAAUAUUGGUGUAUUUUAUGAUGUAGAUACAUCCAUGCCAUCAAGAAAGAAUACUAUUACUUUGUCGGAGAGUGUAAAACAUGUAAUAUCCUUUCGUUUCUUUUUGUGUUGUAUGAAUUCAAAUGGGGUAUUAAACUUUUACAAUGUAAACAAUCAGCAACACGUGCAGUCUAUUUAUCUGAACGACCACCUCCACGUAGUUACAAACUACAGCAAUGUGAAUAAUAAUAGUAAUACUGCCUUAAUUUCGCUAUUCAAUUUUUUUCAAAGGGAUAAUGAGGGGAAAAUGGGGGGAGCAAAAGGGCAGGAAGAAAGGCAAAAUGGUCAAAAUGGUCGAAAUAGUCGAAAUGAUCAGCAGGAUUGGAAGGAGAAUAGAAUUCAUGAUCAGGCUCAGGAAGAGCAGCAAGAAGGACAGUGCGAUAAGAAGGACACAACGGGGGAGGACAACCAUCAGGCACUAAUCCUCGACGAGGAGGUAACAGAAACAAGGAGGAAUACGCAAGUGGAGAGAUACAUUCCACAUAACGAUCCAUUCACAGAAGAAAAAAAAAUAGAGGAAAUAUUAAAGAGUACGACCCAGUCAGGGACAUACAACUAUGCAAAGAAUAAUAUUUAUUUUUUAAAUAAUCAUUGUUUAAAGAUUAUUAGAUGUUUAGAAUUAUAUGAAUACUUACCCAAAUGUAUAGAGCAGAAAAAAAUAGAAAAAGGUUUUUUGUUAAUUCAGAAUUAUAACUUUGAAAAUGAUAUAGAUAAAGAAAAUAUUCUAAAAGAAUAUAAUAAAGCAUGUGCAUACUACUAUUUUAGCAAUUUGAAUUUCCCUUUAGCAUUUUUACAUUUUGAAAAGGUAAACAUAAACAUAUUUGUUCUUUUAUCCUUUUGGUUCAAUUUAUUUCCUCAAACGGAUAAACUUAUAUUACAAAAAAAAAUAAAACAAAAAAACAGUAAUGAGAAGGAAAUGGAAGAACAAGCAAAGACUUUAAAAAAGCUAGCUGAAGAAGAGAGCAUGAUAAAUAAGCAUUUUAAGGGAUGUUUCCCCCCAUUGUGUAGUAUAGAAGAAUUGAUAAGGAAAAACUAUAACUACUAUCACAACGAUGAUAGGUAUUUACAACAUCUGGGGGAAGAGAGAAAAGAAGAUUAUUCCUCCUCUGCAUCUAAAGAAGAGGAUGCAAAAAAAAAAAAAAAAAAAGAAAUUCUAUAUAUUGCAAAUAAUUGUAUGAUUAAAUAUCUUCUGUCAAAGAGGGACUACCUCAUGCACCACCGGGAUAGCAUAAAGGUGGUUCUCGGUGGGGGGGAGGACUAUGCGCAGGUGAGUGCGAGUGCUGCUAAUGGUGUAACGAAUCCUAUGCAUAAUAAUAACCAGGCAGUGGACUCCCCUCCAGUAACAGGAUGCCUUCUACAAAUUGAUGAGAUACUGGACAAUGUGUUGGUAAAGCUUAUGAUAAAGAACAAGUAUGUUAACUAUUCAAAAUUCAUUAUGGAAACAGAAAAUUUAAGUCUAAAUGUUAACGAGUGCGUAGAGUUUUUGAAGGAAAAUUGUAAAUUUGUGGAGAUUAUUUUAAUAUACAUACGUUAUAAGCAGUUUGGUGAGGCCAUUGAAAUGUGCUUACUCUUUCUGCGUUACUACAGCGUGAAAUGGGGGGAGGUGGAGGGCGAAGAAGGAGAAGUGGACAUAGAUGUAGAAGUUGAAGUAGAAGAAGAGGAAGAAGUGAAAGAGAAAGUGGAUAUGGGAAAGAACGGAGCUGCAAAAAUACUUGAUGAAGUAGAGGAGGACAUAGAGAAUGCCCAUGUUUUUCAAAAUGAUAGCACAAAUGGUUUAUUUCAAGAAAAGAGGGGGCAAAAUAUAAGCGAUAAGGGACCAAAUUCUACACAUGAGGAAAAAGAAAAGGGGAAAAAAAAAAAAAAAAAAUCAUUUUGGCUUGAAAUUUUAGAAAAACAAGACUUCAAAAGUAACAUCGACAAAAUGAAUUCUUUUCAUUUAAUUUUAAAAGAAAUUUACAAUAUUUUAAUAAUCCUAAAUGAUAAUGUUCAUUUAAUUAAUGUAGAACAAAAACGAAUAAAAUUAUUGUUUGAAUAUUCCUUUCCCUUUUUUAUAAAAUAUAAUGAAAAUUUGUUUUUCGACUUUUUAAUAAAUAAAAAUUUUUUAUUACGCCCUGAUGAAAUUUUACAGAUUUUUACAAAAUUACAGAAAAGAAAAUACAAUAUAAAAGUAAAACAUUAUGUACAAAAAUAUAUUGUCAACUAUUUAAAAUAUGAUAAAUAUAAUACGAAUAUUAAUACUGCUUUGGUUGAAUUAUAUAUGAACGAUUUGGAAAAACCUGUACAAGUUAGGCAAAAAAAAAUACUCCACUUUUUGCACACAAAUUACCCCAUUGAAAUUGAUUAUUUAAUUAGAAUAAUUAAAGACGAGAAGUUUAACUUGGUCAAGGCUUUGCUUUAUGGCAAGAUUCACAAGCAUUAUGAAAGUCUAGUAAUUCUGUCUAGCGAAAACAUCAGCAUGUGUGAAAAGUAUUGCUUGUAUUACAACUUCAUAUUAAAAGGAAGAGCAAAACGAAUGAGCCAAGAGGACCAUGAAAGACUUUUGAAUGGUAUAUAUAAAGACGACAAAACAAUACAUGAGCAUUUAUUUAAAGAAUACGACGAAGGGAGAAUGGAAUUAAUAAAUACACAUUUAAAAAAAGAGAAAAGGAAAAAAAUAUAUGACGCAUUUAUUACUGAUAUAAUGAGGGAAUACCAUAAAUACAGUUACAUUACUAUGAGCAAGGAUGUGUUAUCAAAAAUGAAAAAGAAAGAACAAAAUAAAAAGAAUCAUGAAAAAAUAGAUGAAGAAGAGAAGGAAAGAGAAAAGAAAAAAAAAGAAUUCGACUAUAUGCUUCAUUUAGUUGGGCAACAAGAUGAAAGCAACUCGAGUGAUGAUGAUAUUACAAAUUUUUACGAAAUGCACUCUGAUCGUUCUUCAAAAGAAACAGAAUUUAGCGUUUCUUCCUGUUCACUAUCAGACGUUAGUAGUAGCAACUCGCUCAUGUCCAAGGAUGAUGACGACGAUGAUGGAUCAUCUAGCUUAAGUGUAGGAACCAUGUCGAGCAGCGGUGAAGAUGCAAGGAGAAGGAAAAUAAAACGAAGAUCAGGGGAAAAAAAAGGAAAAAGGAAAAAGAUGCAAAGGGAAAAAGCCGCACAGAACGAAGCACAAAAAUAUGUCAAAAAGGGUAAGAAGAAAAAUAUAAAAAAUCGAGAUUCCUACCAUACCUUCUUGGGAAAUAAACACCGAAACAGAGACAUAGAUUUGUUCGAUUAUUUCAAAGUAUAUGAGAGUUGUAAGAACAGAUCAUGCGGACUUUUUUUCUUACUUGUUAAGGUGUGCAUGAACAAAUAUAUUGAGUCAAAUUUAGAUGAAAAGGAAAAAGAAAAAUAUAAAAAAUACAUACUGUACAUUUUAAAUAAAUAUGCUAAUCACAAUGAUUUUGACAAUAUAUACAUAUAUGAACUCAUACCAGAGGAAUGGAAAAUUUCAGAAAUAUUAAGCUUCGUUAACUUGGGUUUGCAAAAAAAGCUAAAUACGAAUAUGAAUUUACUGAUAUAUCACAACUUAGUUAAGAGCCAUUACUUGAACGUUUCCUACGAUUUGAUCGAGCAAAAGGAGAGGAGCAUUCUCGUCCAGGACAGGCUCAUUUGCAAAGUGUGCAACGGCCAGGUGGUCGAGAAAAGCUUUGCUUAUUUUUCGGAGGAGGUCAUAACGCACGUUCAUUGCAUAGACAAGUAUGACGAAGAAAUUUACAAGUGA